AUGUUCUACAGCGACCCAGCAUACGAGCAGUACAUCAACGAUCUGCGUUUGACCACGCACAAAACCUUUGCACACUACGUGGCGGCAGAUUCGGACCCUGACAGCGCCCUACAGCUUGCCGGACAGAGAACGCCCCAGCUCGGCGAGGAGGAGAGACCCGCUCAGCCAGAGGACGCGCACAUAUCCCAGCCACAGGAGGAAGAGAGUCCAUCUCAGCCGGAGGAGGGGCAUCUGAAAGAGAAGGCGAAGUAUGCGGGGUCAGAGGAAGAAAGCUCAUGUGCUGAUGGCGAUUGA